UGUGACCACUGAGAUGUUCAUGAAGAUGUCCAACUCAGAGAUCAUCCGGCACCUGACAGAACAGUUUAAUGAGGACUCAGGGGAUUAUCCAUUGACAGCUCCGGGUUCAUCCUGGAAGAAGUUUCGGGGCAGCUUCUGUGAGUUUGUGAAGACGUUGGUCUAUCAGUGCCAGUACAGCCUCCUCUACGAUGGCUUCCCUAUGGACAACCUCAUCUCCCUGCUCACUGGCUUCUCAGACUCGCAAGUCCGUGCCUUCCGUCACACUAGCACCCUGGCUGCCAUGAAACUGAUGACAUCCCUGGUAGGAGUUGCCCUCCAGCUGAGUCUGCACAGAGACAACAAUCAACGUCAGUAUGAGGCUGAACGAAACAAGGGGCCAGGGCAGAGAGCACCUGAGCGGCUAGAGAGCCUGCUGGAGAAACGCAGAGAGCUCCAAGAGCAUCAAGAGGAGAUUGAGGGGAUGAUGAACGCCCUCUUCAGGGGUGUCUUUGUGCAUCGGUACAGGGAUGUCCUUCCUGAGAUCCGUGCUAUCUGUAUUGAAGAAAUUGGGUGUUGGAUACAAAGCUACAGUACCUCUUUCCUCACCGACAGCUAUUUAAAAUAUAUUGGCUGGACCCUGCAUGACAAGAACUGGGAAGUCCGUCUGAAGUGCUUGAAGGCUCUGAAAGGGCUGUAUGGCAACCAGGACCUGACUGCACGCCUGGACCUCUUCACGAGCCGCUUCAAGGACCGGAUGGUUUCCAUGGUCAUGGACAGAGAGUAUGAUGUGGCAGUAGAGGCUGUCAGGUUGCUAAUACUCAUCCUUAAAAACAUGGAAGGGGUGCUGACAGAUGCGGACUGUGAGAUCAUCUACCCUGUUGUGUAUGCCUCAAAUAGAGCCCUGGCCUCUGCUGCAGGAGAGUUUCUGUACUGGAAACUCUUCUACCCUGAGUGUGAAGCAAGAACAGCGGGUGGAAGAGCGCGACGCCGAAGUCCACUUGCCCAGAGGACUUUCUUUCACCUUCUGCUGUCCUUCUUUGUGGAGAGUGAGCUCCACGAUCACGCUGCUUACUUAGUGGACAGCCUGUGGGACUGUGCAGGGUCUCAGCUGAAGGACUGGGAGAGUCUGACAGGCCUGCUGCUGGAGAAGGAUCAGAACCUGGACGAUGUGCAGGAGAGCACACUGAUAGAGAUCCUUGUGUCCAGUGCCCGGCAAGCUUCAGAGGGUCACCCACCUGUGGGGCGCAUCACUGGGAGGAAGGGCUUAACCCCUAAAGAACGCAAGACCCAAGCUGAUGACAAGGUGAAGCUGACUGAGCACCUCAUCCCCUUGCUACCCCAGCUCCUGGCCAAGUUCUCGGCGGAUGCAGAGAAGGUCGCUCCCCUGCUCCAGCUUCUCGGCUGCUUUGACCUCAGCAUCUGCUGCACGAGGCGCUUGGAGAAGCACCUGGAGCUGUUCUUACAACAGCUCCAGGAGGUGGUGGUGAAGCACUGCGAGCCAGCAGUGCUUGAGGCUGGAGCUCAUGCCCUCUACCUGCUUUGCAAUCCCGAGUUCACAUUCUUCAGCCGGGUGGACUUUGCCCGCAGCCAGUUACUGGAUCUGCUGACCGACCGCUUCCAGCAGGAACUUGAGGAGCUACUACAGUCGUCCUUCCUAGAUGAGGAUGAGGUGUACGGUCUAGCAGCCACUUUGAAGCGCCUCUCUGCCUUCUACAACGCUCAUGACCUGACUCGCUGGGAGCUCUAUGAGCCAUGCUACCGACUACUCCGGAAGGCUGUGGACACAGGAGAGGUUCCUCGCCAGGUGAUCCUGCCAGCCAUGACUCUUGUCUAUUAUUCCAUUCUCUGGACACUCACACACAUUUCUGGGCCGAGUGCUUCCCAGAAGCAGCAGUUGAGCUUGAAGGACAGAUUGGUGGCCUUCUGUGAGCUCUGCCAGAGCUGCCUCUCAGAUGUGGAUCCUGGGAUCCAGGAGCAGGCUUUUGUCUUAUUAAGCGAUGUGCUUCUCAUCUUCAGUCCUCAGAUGGUUGUAGGGGGCCACGAUUUCCUUAGACCCCUUGUCUUUCUUCCUGAAGCGACUCUCCAGUCUGAACUAGCCAGCUUCCUCAUGGACCACGUCUUCAUCCAACCUGGAGACCUGGGCAGUGGUCCUUCCCAGGAGGAUCAUUUACAGAUCGAGCAGCUACACCAGCGGCGCCGCCUCCUGGCUGGGUUCUGUAAGCUGUUACUGUAUGGGGUGCUGGAGAUGGAUGCAGCCUCAGAUGUUUUCAAACACUACAACAAGUUCUACAGCGACUAUGGUGACAUCAUCAAGGAAACAUUAACUAGAGCGAGGCAGAUGGACCGGGGUCGUUGUUCCCGGAUCCUGCUGCUGAGCCUCAAGCAGCUGUACACAGAACUGCUGCAGGAACAGGGGCCCCAGGGCUUGAAUGAGCUUCCAGCCUUCAUCGAGAUGAGGGACCUGGCCCGCAGGUUUGCCUUGAGCUUCGGACCCCAGCAGCUGCAGAACCGUGAUCUUGUGGUCCUGCUGCACAAGGAAGGCAUCAGGUUCUCCCUGUCGGAGCUUCCUCCAGCUGGGUCCUCUGAUCAGCCCCCAAACCUGGCCUUCCUGGAGCUCCUUUCAGAGUUUUCCCCUCGGCUCUUCCAUCAGGACAAGCAGCUGCUACUGUCCUACCUUGAAAAGUGCCUGCAGCGUGUCUCCCAAACAUCUGGUUGUUCCUGGGGUCCAGUCACCACCUACUGCCAUUCCCUCAACCCUGUGGAGAACAUAGCAGAGGCCAGCCUUCAGAGUUACCCUCGCUCCAAGAGGAGACGCGUUGAAGGCCCCUCCAAGCACAGCAGAGAGGACACCUCUUCAUUCCAGGAAGAAAGCCUGCAGGUGAACAGCAUCCCACCCACACCCACCCUCACCUCCACAGCAGUGAAGAACAGACAUUCCCUGGGGGAGUUGGAAGAAAUGGAGGAGGAAGAAGGAGGCUCAGGAUCGGAGUGUGCCCAAGGGCAGCCCCUCACAGAUACCCAGCUGCCAAGGUUCUCAGGUCCACAGCAUUUCCAGACUCCACGCAACCCUUCAGAUCCUAGUUUGGGUAACCAACUGACCCGACUCAACCUUAUGGAAGAGGACGAGGAAGAGUUAGAAACUGAGGAUGAGUCAAAUGAAGAAUGGCGAGAUGCAGACAAGCAACCAAAUAGCCACUCUUUCCCCAGUGAGCACGGGCUAGACCUCUUAGAUUCUACAGAACUGGACAUUGAGGAUUUUUGACAUGACCCUGGGCCCCUCCCCAUCU